GGGGUGCAGGGGCGCGCGCGGCGCCAAAUGGUUAAAACAAAGUCCGCGCGCGCGCCGGGGUCCCUCGUCGGAAAAGUGUGCGCGCUGGGGGCUGGGCACCCCCUUUGCCAAUUUGCGGGAUUACCGAGAGGAUGGGAUGGAUCUAGGCAGUGACGCCGGCAGCAGCCGCAGCAGCAGCCGCGCCAGUUCGCAGUCCAACUCCACCAAAGUCACCCCUUGCUCCGAGUGCAAAUCCUCGUCGUCGCCGGGGGGCAGCUUGGACUUGGUGUCUGCCCUGGAGGACUAUGAGGAGCCCUUUCCGGUCUACCAGAAGAAGGUGAUUGAUGAGUGGGCGCCGGAGGAAGACGGGGAGGAGGAGGAAGAGGAGGACGAGCGAGGGUGCCGGGAUGACCGCUGUCCGGCCCGAGAGCGGGGGGACGUGAGUGCCCGGACCGGCAGCGGCGGCGGCGGGGGCAGGAGCGCCACCACCGCCAUGCCGCCCCCCAUGCCUAACGGUAACCUCCACCCGCACGACCCCCAGGACCUCAGACACAAUGGCAACGUGGUGGUGGCCGGCCGGCCGAACGGCCCCCGGGGCCCCCGCCGGUCGCUCCAGAAGCUCCAGCCGCCGGGAGGCCGGCGCGGUGGCCGGGGCCCCACGGCGCGGGCCCUAGGCCUCCAACCCCCGGACGGCGGGACGUGCGUCCCGGAGGAGCCCCCGGCUCCCCCCAUGGACUGGGAGGCGCUGGAGAAGCAUCUGGCGGGGCUGCAGUUCCGGGAGCAGGAGGCGCGGAACCAGGGCCAGGCCAGGACCAACUCCACCUCCGCACAGAAAAAUGAGAGAGAAUCUAUCAGACAGAAGUUGGCACUUGGAAGCUUCUUUGAUGAUGGCCCAGGAAUUUACACGAGCUGUAGCAAAAGUGGAAAGCCAAGCCUGUCGUCUCGCCUACAGAGCGGAAUGAACCUGCAGAUCUGCUUUGUCAACGACAGCAGUAGUGACAAGGACAGUGAUGCUGACGACAGUAAGACGGAGACGAGCCUGGACACGCCCUUGUCGCCCAUGAGCAAACAGAGUUCUUCCUAUUCCGAUAGAGACACGACCGAAGAGGAAUCCGAGUCCCUGGAUGACAUGGAUUUCCUCACGAGGCAAAAGAAGCUGCAAGCCGAAGCCAAAAUGGCACUGGCCAUGGCCAAACCAAUGGCCAAAAUGCAAGUGGAAGUGGAGAAACAGAACAGGAAGAAGUCUCCCGUCGCUGACCUGCUGCCACACAUGCCUCAUAUAAGUGAAUGCUUGAUGAAGAGGAGUUUAAAGCCCACAGACCUGAGGGACAUGACCAUUGGACAGCUCCAGGUGAUAGUCAAUGACCUCCAUUCCCAGAUAGAAAGCUUGAAUGAAGAGUUGGUCCAGCUGCUUCUCAUCCGAGAUGAACUGCACACAGAGCAGGACGCCAUGCUGGUGGACAUCGAAGACUUGACCAGACAUGCUGAAAGUCAGCAGAAGCACAUGGCAGAGAAAAUGCCUGCAAAGUGAAAAGAAGCCAUCCAACCAGAGGAUAAGCUAAAAUUUAUUUUGCUUCUGUGGUUGUAAAAAUGUUGCUAAAGGUGGUGCAGGACAAACAUCAGUGUUAGUCAUUGAUAACGUCUGAAGCUUACUGUCCAGUGAUUGGCCUCUGCUUCUUAAUUUAUUUUGAUUUUUUACUUGUGCCACUAAAUACCAGGCAUUUUAAUAAAAAUAUUGUUACAAAAAUGUACAGUGCUUACACCAUCACCAAUCAUGGUUAAUCAGAAAGGGUAGUUUUAAGCGCAUUUUUAUUUGUUUAGAGACUUCCAGUUGGAGCAGUGUUAUUGCUGACUGCUUUCACUCUUCACUGUAGUUUUGAAGAAGACCCGUGAAUGAUGGUGCUAUCCAAGUCAGAAAUACAUGCCUGCCUCGUAGUGACGUCGUAGCGCUCCGUAAUAUGUAUAUUUUAAUCAGUUUUCAACAUUUUGUGAAUGUUGACUACCUGAAGUUCAUUUCUAGAUGUGCUAUUAACAUUCUGUUGGAUUCAGAGGGUUUCUUGAAAGUUUUAUGUAUAAAUAUGUAAAAUAAAAAUUAAGAAUUUGUUUCAUA